AGGUAAUCAUGUGGUGGUUUUGGACACUGUGGGCUGUUGUGGCUCUCACGCACUGCUCCGCUAUGGACCGCAACAAGGACAAAGCCUUAAAGCUGAUGAAGCAGACCCCUCUGAUAGAUGGACACAAUGACCUUCCCUGGCAGAUAAGGAAGCAAUUCAACAACCAGCUUAGCAAAGUGGAUCUGAACACCAUACAAACCACACACACCAACAUCCCCAAAAUUAAAGAGGGCCAUCUGGCAGCACAGUUCUGGUCUGCCUACGUACCAUGUGACACGCAGCACAAGGACGCAGUCAGGCAAACUCUGGAUCAGAUUGACAUCAUCCACAGAAUGUGUGAUGCAUACCCAGAAUCCUUCAUGUUUGCCACCAGCAGCCAAGAUAUAAUGGAAGCUUUUAUCCAGAACAAAACUGCCAGUCUGAUUGGAGUGGAGGGCGGGCACUCCAUCGACAGCAGCCUGGGCAUUCUGCGGAUCAUGUACCGGCUGGGUGUGCGCUACCUCACCCUCACGCAUAGCUGCAAUACACCCUGGGUUGAUAACUGGAAAGUGGAUACAGGAACAGAAGCCCCAGUGCAUAAUGGAUUGUCUCCAUUUGGAAAACAAGUGAUAAAGGAGAUGAAUCGCCUAGGGAUGCUGAUUGACUUGGCGCACGUGUCCGAGAAGGUGAUGAAUCAGGUGCUGGAUUUAUCCAAGGCUCCAGUCAUCUUCAGCCAUUCCUCUGCAUACUCUCUGUGCCAACACAAGCGGAACGUUCCGGAUGCUGUUCUUAAGAGAGUGAGAGACAAGGCAGGGAUUGUCAUGGUGAACUUCUACAACGACUACGUCACAUGCAGCCAGACGGCUAAUCUCUCCCAAGUGGCAGAUCACUUUGAUCACAUCAAAAGGGUAGCCGGCCACACAGUCAUUGGCUUUGGUUCUGAUUAUGACGGAGUGAGAAGAGUGCCCAAGGGUCUGGAGGAUGUCUCCAAGUUUCCCGACCUUGUGGCAGAGCUGUUGAGGCGGGGCUGGAACGACACAGAGGUCAGAGGCGCAUUGGGAGAGAAUUUGCUCAGGGUCCUCAAGGACGUGGAGAGGGUGCGAGACAGCCUCAGUAAAGAUCAACCAGAUGAUGUACCCAUCCCCUAUGAGCAGGUGGAGAAUGCCUGCAGGACCAACUACGGCUACUUUCCGCUGGACAAUGCCGGACACUCCGCAUCCCAGAGUCCUCUUGUGCUGGCCCUAGCCACAUUGCUGUGCUGGUUUUUUGGGGGCUCAUCCUAUUCCUGCAGACCAUAAACAUUCCUAGUGUUCUUCUCUUCAGUUUCUGAUUAUACGUGCAACUGUCACCAUAACCACACUAUGGUCCUAGUCUUAAGAUGUUGACUGAAACUUCAACUCUGGUAUUCGCCUAAUUACUAUAACCACACUACCACAGUCCUGGAAGGCCACAGUGUUGUAGAAGUACAGGAUCCAUUUUGUGCUAGCAAAGACACAGGGGGAAAAAAACCUUUUUUAAAUAUUUUAUAUUUAAAAAAUGGAAGGACAGUAUUUGAAAUCUAAGCAAAACUCAAAAAUACACAAUAGGGGACAUGAGUUUUAAAUUAUGCCUGCAUAUUGCAGAAUUCAAAAGUUAAGGAGACAAGAUGAACAGAAAAAUAACCUUUCCAUAAAAUAUUAAGUUACCAUAAAAUAUUCAAACACAAACGUGACUGAACACACCGUGUCUACACACAAGUAGAAAUGUUCCCAUUAAAAAACAAA